CACUACAGAGCGCGCAGGAAACAGGGAGACUAUGAGAAAGCGCAGUCGCUCCAUUCAACCACAUGGUUCCUCCGCCGCACAGAGCAGCUGCGCUGCAGACAGCCAGGUUCACUUAGGGGACUGCAGCCCACACAGGCGCGUCUUACGCCUCGCGGGGCGAGUUUUCAGCAGGACAGGCAGUUGAAAGUUGUUGCCAAAGCUGUUCCAGGAUGUGUUUCUGGUCUCAGUGAAUCGCACUGGUUAGAAGUUGAGAUACUAAGAGUAUCCCUGAAACGGUCUGAACUGAAAAGAAAGACGGAAGAAACUUGGGUGAACUUUUUGCGCCUGAAAUAACAAGUGAGGAAUAUUUUUUUUUUUUUGAGAAAGCUAUUUCAAGGCUUCCUUUCUUUCUUUUUUUUUACAAGCACUCCGAAGUUUGUUAGAGACACUUUUGGAGGAAGGGAUGGUACAGCACAUGAGCCAGGCGGAGAGUGCCCACGCGCACUCUCCCGGCGGGGACUCCACGGACACGGGAGAGAUGGACUUGGAGAUGGACGCGUCUCCGAUCUCCGAGUCCCCGUCCUCCCGCCAGCGGAGCGACUUGACGUGGUGCAAAACCCCCACGGGCCACAUCAAGAGACCCAUGAACGCGUUCAUGGUGUGGUCGCAGAUCGAGAGGAGGAAGAUCAUGGAGCAGUCGCCGGACAUGCACAACGCGGAGAUCUCCAAGCGGCUGGGGAAGCGCUGGAAACUGCUCAAAGACACCGACAAGAUCCCGUUCAUCCGCGAGGCGGAGCGGCUGCGGCUCAAACACAUGGCCGACUACCCAGACUACAAGUACCGGCCCAGGAAGAAGGUGAAGACGGGCGGCGGGGCCAGCAAGCCGGCGGAGAAGAGCGGGGAGCGCAGCGCCAAGAGCGGCGUGAAGCGGAGCCCCGCGUCCAAUAAGGGAGCUGGCAGCAGGACUCACAACAAGCUGGCGGGGGGCGUGAAGAGCAGCCCGGGGCAGCAGGACUCCCCCGCCGACCACCAGGCGCUCUUCAAGUCCAGGUCAGUGUCCGGGGCCAGGCUCAUCCCGGAGAAGCGCGCGGGCGAGGCGCACGGGCGGCGCGCUCACGCGUUCAGCGGAGCGGGCAGCCUGGAGAGCGGCCCCCCCUCAGUGGGGGUCCCGGCCAGUCCCACCCUGAGCAGCUCGGCGGAGUCCAGCGACCCGCUCAGCCUGUACGAGGAGCACAGCCCCGGCCCCAGCUCCGGCUCCGGCCCCGGCGAGGCGGCGCACACCGCGCGCCUCCGGUACGCGCGCGCGUGCUCCCCCACGCCGUCCGCCUCCCACUCCUCCUCCUCCGUGUCGUCCUCCUCAUCGGACGAGGAGUUCGAGGACGAGCGGCUCGAGCUGAACCCGAGCCCCGGCUUUGAGGGCAUGUCACUGGGCGGCAUGGGGUUCUCCGACGCGGAGCUGGACCGGGACUUGGACUGGAGCUUCGGGGAGUGCGGGGCGGGCUCGCACUUUGACUUCUCCGACUACUGCACGCCGGAGGUGAACGAGAUGAUCUCAGGAGAGUGGUUGGAGUCCACCAUCUCUAACCUGGUGUUUAGGAACUGAAGGAGCCGCUGUGGAGACGCGAGCGCAGCCGCAGCCGCCGCCGCCGCCCCCCUCCUUCGUUUUUGAACCCUUCUAUAACCCCCUCCGAGACGCGCGUGUUUGCAUCCAGACCAGAAUAUUUCCGCCAUUAUUUCACUCCGGUGAAAAAAUGGGAAAGAAAAAGGUGGCCUGAGCCCACGUUGCCGCCGAGGUACGCGCGCCGCUCACAGACUUGGACAGCGCAUGGCGGGAGCGCGCAGACGGGGGAAAUGCUUAGUUUGCAUUUGGACACAGAGGAGGAGUGAAUGUAAGCAAGGAGCAGAGACGCGCACGGACUAAAGCGCAGAUGUUGAACCGACCCGCGGAGGACUGAGGCUGAACUCUUGAGAACUCUUGAUGUUACUUUGGGGCCACAUUUGGGGUUUUAUUUAAGAUAUAGCCAAUUUACAUUGACCAUCAAGUUGCUAUUCAGGUGUAGUUCCCUUUUCCCUCCAAACUCCGAGUCGUAUUUAGUAUCAACUCGCAUGCCCUCCAACAAGAAAGGAGGAUUUAGUUGUUGUUUAAUGCAUAAAAUGAUCAUUGCUGCGUAGUUGCGCAAUUUGUGUGACAUUAGGACACAAUUCACUAUCACCAGCUUCUCUCUCAACGGCAGGACUUAAAAGACUGACUCAAAACUUCAGAAACCCUUUCUGAACUUUCUUCUUUUUUUCUUUCUUUUUUUUUUUUCCUUUUAAACACUCAGUGCACAAUUCAGGACCAAUGUUCCGCGAUGCGUAUCCUUUUCUGCCUAAAGCUCCAACUUUGUAAUUCCCGUGUCAGAUGCUGUUUUUAUAUAUUGAUGUCUUUAUACCGGCCAAACGUUUUUUAUACAUAGAAGUAUUGUUCUCAAACAGGUCCCGUUUGUGUUUGUGCACAUACACCUGUCUGUAUCCAGCGCGGAAGGGCUAGAAGUGUGUCUUAUUCAUAAACUUCUCUCACUUUUAAUGAGAUUUCGAGUGUGUCAUGAUUUUCUACUUGUAUUUUUGUACAAAAUCUAUAGAAACCGGCGGGUGGGCGGCAGGCAGGGAG